AAUUCUGAGCUUCAUGCGAUUGGUCGUUAACUCUGACUUUCCUUUUGUCAAAGUUCACUGAUGCUGAAAGAAUUUGAAUUAUGGUGGGAGCUCUGCAAAUACUGAGCCUCCUAUACUUGUUUUGUGGCGCUUUAGGACAGUUUCUUUACUUUAUUUGGGAUUUAUGAGAGAGUGGAAAUUCUGCUGCAAAAGCAAUGGAGGGAAAUAUUAGAUCAUGCAUCAAGGGUGAUAUCUAUUUGUGCCAGCUGUUUGGCUUUACGCAGAGAGGCUUGAUGGAUUUCGUUUACAACAAAAUUUCAAAGGUGGCUGGGGAUGCAUUGGUUGAGAUUAACAGUCAAAUAAGCAACGAUGAGGAGAUGUCAAAGCACAUUAAUCAACAAACACAGCAGGAUGGUUUUGGGAGAAUUCGAGAUGCUUUUAGUUCCAAGCUAGAUUUGAACAUGGACCGACUUGAGAUGUUCUCAAGAAAUAACAUUCUACGUAUACCCGAAAAUGUUGUCCCACCCUGUGACAAGAUUCAAGAAAGCUGUCGUUAUACAAAAGAAGACGAGGAAGAACUUGAUCGACAGAUUUCUGAGACUAUGGAUAAAAUCCAAGCGAGUUGUAUAGCGAGUAUUGAGCAUAAAAAAGAGCUAUUGAUGUUGGAGAGACUACAAGAGAUGGCGGACACAUCUCUUCAGAAUAUGAAGGAGUAUUCCUUUGAUGAGGAACAUCUAACGCGUGUUUGCGAUGACGCAGUGACAUUAAUCGAGACCUUAUCAGCUGCGGAUGAUGCUGGAUCAAGCAAUCUCAACACCGAGGGUGAUGGCAAGACCAUAACUCCGCACAAAAAGAAGCCCAAAGAUUCAUGAUGUAGUGUUCAUUGAUCACUUACUUGUUUACUUGAUUUUAACAAGACCAGAGCAAUGUUUUCUCUUGCCAAACUUUUAGUUGUUGGUUUCUCAUAAGAUACAUUUAAGUAAUGAGGUGCGUGAAAGGAGGUUUUGUGUGCAUAUUAGAGCCUGUUAAAGCAAAAAAUCACUUUGAUAAAUACAAUUCAGCGUAAUUUUAUUUACUUUGCAUGCUUUAUACACCCCAUAAUGCAAUGUAUUAAAUUUCCGUGUUUUUAGAAUUUCUUGUCUAAGAUACGAAUUCACACCCAGCAUAAAUAUAUCCUUGCCCUGACCCCUUAAGCUACUCUAUGUUUAGCCAUAUUUGAAACAGUCGAGAUCAAUUUACUAAUAUUCAAAUCUUCAAAAGUUAUCUUUGCUGAACGCAAGGUAUCUUGUAGUGUAUUGCCUCACUUUCUAAAUGACCUCGUCGUAGGAUGGUGUAUCUUUAUGGUAAAGCGACGCAACAAAUGUAAAUUAUUAACACUCGUUCACUAUGUAAAGGCUUUAAUUUCUACCUACUCAAACAAUUUUGACUGGUGUUUUAAAGUUAUAAACUAAAGCUUUUGUUUGUUUAAGCACGUGUCUCACCCGGAAGAAGAUUUCUGUUACAAAUUCCCGGAUUUUAUAUUGUUUAAAUGUUUAUCGAUGUAUGAAAAAUAUUUCUUAGGGAAA